AUGAAUGAUGGUAUGAAUUGUUGUUCUGCAUAUUUCUAUACAAGAUUUACCAACGAUGAUACAUUGAUAGAUCUUGCAAUGAUGAAUUAUCCUGAUAUUGAGAAAAACGAGAAUUGUUCAUUAUCAAAUGAUGAUCAACCAUUAAGAAACCGUUUAAUAACAUUUACUACAGAUCAUUCGUUUUGGUUUCGUAUUUUCUUUUUAAUCAUCGUUAUUAUUAUUAUUUAUUUAUUUAUAACUAUUUAUUUAUAUACAUAUUUAUUUGUUCAAAAAGUUCUUGAUUCACAUAUUGAUAAGCCGUCAUCUUAA